GAGGGAAUGGUAGAAACUGUGGGCACCAUCAGGUACGGGUAAGCCGGCCUAUACACACAUACCCACGAGUCAGAGCAACUUCGUAGUCCCCGACACUUUAUGACACACAAGUGACUGUCUCUAAGAUGCCCACUGAGCCAGCCCAGUGCAUCACUUCCCUGUCCCCAACAGUGGAGGUGGACCUGCAGGACUCUGCACUGGUCUUUCACACGCGCAGACUCAGAAUCGGCGGGUAGCAGGGGCUCCUAGCAACCGGCUGCCAGCCCGGGCCUGGGGAGAGAGGAGGUCGCAAUGGACGAGCCAGCCACCGCUGCCAUCAACCCCUCCGGAGUACCAAGAGAAGACCUGGGACGCGGAGAGCCACUUCUCGCGGCCUCGAAACAGAUCCGGAAGAGUCCAUCUCUUGCUAGAGAAGGAUGGUGGAGGGUAACAUUAACGAAUACUCCAAUACCUGGCACUUAUCACAUAAAGACUUUCAUUGAAGAGUCCCUAUUAAAUCCAGUGAAAGCAACCUACAACUUUAAAAACGAAGGGAGGAAAAGGAUACCGCUUGUGCAGAGAAACGAUCCAGUCCCCACCGACCUCCCGCAGUACAAGCCUCCCGACUUCCUGGAGCUGUUGAAGAAGCAGAUGGCCUCCUAUUCGUUCAAAGACCAGCCUCGGCCAAACCCCACCACACUAGUUGACAAAGACGAGUCGCUGCAGCUUUGUCCAGGACAGUAUGAGUUACUCCCCGCACCUGUUCCCAAGAGUUCUUCCAGGAGUUUUGUAUUUCGUUCAGCAGUUCAAAGAUUCCCACCAAACUAUUUCACACCUCACGAAGGUCCGGGACCAGGUGAAUACGACUUGAAAGCACCCCCAGCAGGCUCCGUCACCUCUUGUUUUCGAUCCAGGGUUCCCCGAUUCUUGCCUGUUAGUUCAAAAACACCGGGCCCGGGAGCAUACACAGCUUCGAGACAGUUCCCUAAGCAGUCCCCAACCAUCGCCAAAAUGGGUAGAGAACACAGCCUCUUCUUCAAUAACACAAUUGGCUUUUAAAAUAAAGUAACACUGGCGCCAUGCUACUUGGAGCUUUAGCAAGGUCUUAUGUCUGGAAAGAUCUUUCCCAUUGUGACCUUGCCCGUUUCUUG